AUGCGCAAGCAGCCGUCGUCCACCAAGGUGUACCCGACGGCGCCGACCCGCGCCGAGUUGACGCCUGCCGAAGCCGACCUUCCGCGCAAGUCGAGCUUGGCGCCGCCCCUUGGGAACCGCUGGGUACGACGCGCCGUCCUUGGCAACGCAGGCGACCAGGCGCACCUCGCGACGCUGCGCGGCCUCGCGACGCGCCUCUUGGCGUCAACGUGGUUUGCGACCUUUAUCACGCUGGUCGUGCUCCUCAAUACAAUCACGCUGGGCCUCGUCGACUACAGCGAUCCGUGGGCCGACGGGCCCAACCCGACGUUACUGCGCAAUCGGCUCGUCGAUCAAAUGAACAACAUUAGCCUUGGCAUCUUUCUCGCUGAGGCAGUGCUCAAAGUGCUCAGCAUGGGCUUUGUGUAUGGCCCCACCGCGUACUGCAAAGACUACUGGAACCUGCUCGACCUCGUCGUGCUCCUCUCGGGAUGUCUCGGCUGGUUCUUUCAUGCCGGUAGCGUCGGCCAGCUGCGCAUUUUGCGCGUGCUUCGGCCACUGCGCACGCUGCACUCGUUUCCAGGGCUCAAGGUGCUCGUCAACGGCGUGCUCUCGAGCUUGCCCGCGCUCUUUGACGUCGGGAUCCUCCUUGGGUUUAGCUACCUCGUGUUUGCGAUUCUGGGCAUGGAGAUCUGGUCGGGCACGUACCACCAGCGGUGUCGGCUCACAGAAUUUCCCGUCAUCCUCAACUUCGACGCCGCGAACGCUCCGAGCGCCGCCGCGUACCCCAAUAAGACGUACCUUGACCUCGUUUUGGCCAAUCCGAGCGCUUACCGCUGUCCGCGCACCGACGUCGAGAACGACAAUUGGACGGAACCCCUCAACUGUUUCUGGCCGCUCAAUGCGAACGAUAUCCAGUACUGCGGCAGCCGCCCGUGCGCGCCAGGAACGUUCUGCGGCUCCAACUUUGACGCGUCUGGCCGACCAAGAUUCCGCAACGUUCUUCUGAACGGCUCGAUGCUCGUCGACAUGGCGACCGAGGGCGAUUUUCUGCCCAAUCUCAACUUUGGCCUCACGAGCUUUGACACGGUCGGGCACACGCUCGUCAUCAUUGCGCAGAUCGUCACGGCGUCGGGCUGGAUGGUGCUUACGCAGAAUACGCAAGACGCGUACUCGUGGCUCGCGGCUGGCGUCUACUACAACACCGUGCUCUUUCUCGGCAUGUGUUUUCUGCUGCAGCUCAACAUGGCCGUCAUGUUCAACGAAUACGAGAAAGCAAAAACUGCACUCGACAAGGCCACCGCUCGGCCGCUCGGCUUGAUCCGCCGGCGGCUUCAGCGGCAGUACUACCGCCGCGUCAAGACGUUGCCACUGUCGACGCUGCGGCGUCACGUGCGGCACGUCGUGACCAGCGUCCGGUUCCACCGCCUCGGCCUUGGCAUGACGUUGCUCAAUGUCGCGCUACUGGCGUCCGACCACCACCCGCAGACAGCGUCGUUUCGCGCCAACGUUGAGAUUGGCAACUUUUGUUUCCUUCUCUACUUUACAAUGGAGAUGGCACUUAAAAUCUACGGGCUCGGGUUCACGGUCUACCGCCAAGACCGGUUCAACUUGUAUGACAUGGUGACCAUCUUGAUGGGCGGUGUCGAGACGUUGCUGCAUCCACCCGCGUUCUUAGACGGCACGCCCGGCGCCCGAUCGCCAUUUGCGAUCCUUCGCGCUGCGCGCGCCAUCAAGCUGGCGUACUCGUGGCCGAGUUUUCAGCGACUCCUUACGGCGAUUGUCGGCGCGCUGCAGGAAAUUCUCAAUUUUCUGUUUUUUCUCGUCCUCUUCAUCUACAUGUACGCUCUCAUGGGCAUGGAGCUAUUUGCCACCAAGUACAAGUUUGACGCACUGAAUCGCCCGCAACCCUUUAACGCGACCGACCCCAGCGUUGUCUUGCACCGAUCCAACUUUGACACGAUCCAAUGGGCCUUCUUUACGGUCUUCCAAGUCAUCACGUACGACAACUGGCCUAUGGUCAUGUACGACGGCUGGCUCAGCGCCGGCCUCGUCGCGCCCUUUUACUUUGUCUCGAUCGUCAUCCUCGGCGUCUGGGUCGUCAUGAACAUGUUCUCGGCCAUCAUGGUACAGUCCGUCAUGGAAGACGCGAGCGCCAAGCCCGCCAUUGUCGGCGAUGUCGACGCGAAUCUGCGCACGCGCCUGCGUCUGCGCCAGCUCCGGCGCAUCCUUCGCCGACUCAUGGGCGUUCACUCGGUGCUCUCAGCGCCGACGCUGGACACGGACGACUCGUCGCUCGGCCGCAAGAGCUUUGGCUGCUUUGGCCUCUCGUCGCCGCUGCGCCAAGUGAGCCUUGCGCUCGUGCGGCACCCACGGUGGCACGUUUUUGUGACCAUGAGCAUCGUUGUCUCGUGCAUUGUGACGGCGCUCGAUACGCCGCUGCUCAACCCGCACGCCGGGCUCGGCUACGCGAUGACGAUCAUCAACAACGCGCUUGCGAUCGUCUUUACGCUCGAGAUGCUGCUGACGAUGCUCGCACUGGGCUUUACAGCGUACCUCACGGACCCAUGGCGUGUCCUCGAUCUCUUCAUCGUGGGGGUCUGCCUCUUGAGCUGGUCGGCCACCGGCGUUUUCGCACAGCUGCGGGCGCUGCGGUCGCUCCGCGCGCUCCGGCCACUUCGCGUGAUCCACCGCCUCCCGCAGCUCCAGGUCGUGGUCAACACCCUCUUUCGGUGCUUGCCGGACAUUGGUCGGUCGCUCCUCUUCUUUGUGUUUAUGCUGCUGCUCUUUGGCAUCGCGUGCGUCAAGUUCUUCAAAGGCAGCAUGAGCACGUGCUCGGUGAGUCCGUACAACUACCUUGACACGCCGCUGUAUACACCGCCGCCGCCGUGGUUUCCAGCCUCCUACGCGGGCGCAUACUCGAUGGCCGAUUUGGAACGCUUGGAUGUCAUGAGUUUUCCGCGCCCUUGGAGCAACCUCACGGUAGCGUCUCAGAUGGCGCUGGCGCCGUACUGGAACCGCACGUGCCACUUUGGCGAGCGGCUGCCCACAUCGAAAGACGUCUGCGAGUGCUUCAACAUGACGUGGCAGCCGGUCGUGCCGCAACGCUUUGACAACAUUGCGCUCGCGCUCGGCUCGCUGUACGAACUCACGACGAUGGAGGGCUGGAGCUUCGUCGCGAUCGCCGCGGUGGACGCGACCGGCCCCGACAGUCAGCCGCUGCGCAAUAACCAAGAAGGCUGGAUGGUGUUUUGGUUUCUCUUCAUGAUCGUCGGCGCCUUCUUCGUCACCAACCUCUUCAUCGGCGUGCUCUGCGAUAGCUUUAUGCGAGAAAACUACGGCGUCAUGGUCACCGACGAGCAGCUCGACUGGAUCAAGCUCCAGCGCAAGGUGCUCACGAUGGCGCCCGUCGUGCGGUACCCGCCGCCGUCCGAGUCGACGUGGCGCCACGCCUGCUACAAACUGGUCGAGCGGCCGGCGUUCGAGACAAGCGUCAUGGCGGCGAUUCUGAUCAACCUCUUUGUCAUGUCAACGGGAUCCUUUGGCCAACCGAGUUGGGUAAGAACGACGUCGACGGUCGCCACGAACCUGCUCUCGGCCGCCUUUGCGCUCGAGGCCGCCCUCAAGAUUGCAGCCUUUGGUCCGCGGUACUUUGCCAGCAGCGCCCACCGCUUCGACUUGGCGGUUGUCCUCCUCGCACUCAUCGGGAUGGGGCUGCCCGACUCGGUGGGCAUGGGCACGAUCGCGACGGUCGUCCGCGUCUUCCGCGUCGGCCGCGUCUUGAGGCUCUUCCAGAAAGCGACUUUACUCAAGAGUCUCUACGACACCAUCAUGGUCUCGCUGCCCGCCAUGGGCAACGUCACAGCCCUCCUCAUGCUGCUCUACUACAUCUUUGCGGCGGUCGGCGUUCAGCUCUUCGCCAAAGUCGCGUACGGCCCAAGUAUGGUCAACCCGCACCAGAAUUUUCAGAAUUUCUGGCUCGCGCUCCAGACGCUCAUUGGAUUCUCGACUGGCGAGAACUGGAACAACUUCCUCUGGGAACUCUACCACAUUUCACCGACAAGCAACCCCGAGUGCAUGGAGCCUGCGUUCAACGCGUCCGUCUGUGGCUUUGGCGACGCGCUCGACUGCGUCCCGCUGGACGGCUGCGGCUCGUGGUACAUUGUGCCGUUCAUGUACCUCUUUGAACUUGUCGUUGGCUACAUUGGCCUCAACCUCUUCUCGGGCAUCGUCGUCGACGCAAUCGGAGACUCGUGCGCCAAGUCGGCGCUCUCACCGAGCAAUUUGGCCGAGUUUACCGCGAUGUGGGCCGAGUACGACCCGAACGGGUCUGGGUUUGUCACGAUUGACGACCUCUGCCGCCUCCUAAGCCGGCUGAACGCGCCUUUUGGCUUCAAGCUCGUCGCACAUAUGACCACGCGCAAGAUCUACCAUGCGAUCGGCGGUCUUGACAUUCCCAUUUACGACGGACGGCUCGUGCAUUUCAAGGACGUACCGCGCGCGCUCGUCCAGCGCUCGCUCAGCGAGGGUGACCAGAAUAAAUUUUACGAAAUUGGCGCGCUCAUGGCCCGCCUCGGUAUCGCCAAGCAAUUCGACGACGUCUGGCAGCGCAGCCACAGCAAGGCGAUGGUCCGCGAUCUCCGCGCCCGGGCCGUGACGCCCAUCAGAGACUUUGUCGCCUUCUUGAUCGUUGCCAAGUUCCUCCGCUGCGUGCGUUACCGACUAGAGCGCCGCCGACGGCUCUACCGGCGGCUGCUGCACACGGAGCUGCAGUCGCGCAGGGAGCGCAUCGAGGCGAAGCUCCAUCCGCAUCAUCUCCCGCCCCUCGAGCGCGUACCACCCGCGCUAUUAUAG